GGCACCAGUACUUCAAAGCUCUGGCAAAGGAGGGACAAGAAUGAAGGGAGUGUCCUUUCCCAUGAUCUAUGUAAACUGGUGCCUUAUCCCCAUGUUGCAGAGGAACAAGCAAGGCGUUAGAGAAAUGAAGCGAGUUGCUCAACAUCAUAACAUCUAGGUUGGAUUAGAACCCAAGUCCCUUGACUCGGGGCCUGGCCCUGUGUACCACCCUGGCUGGAGUUCCUGGUAAGGAAGAACUUAACUGCAGGGCAAGAACUGUGUGGCACCGGGCCCCAGAGGGGAAGUGGUAACAGGGACGGAAGGCCAGGCCUCCUCACACUCACUCAUCUGUGAGAAAGCACAAAACCAAGAGAAACCUGGCCAGGGGCAGCUGCUCCACAGGACCUCUGAGCGGGACUGAGGGCCAGGUCUUGGGGUGCACUCAACACGGCUGAGACCAGACCCCAGUGUUCAGCCACUGGCAACCGCCUCACAUCUCCCCACUCUGGACAGUGACCACAUCUUGGCGACAACCAGUGCCUCAGCGAGCCACAGAUGCCAGCUACCACCAUCCCAGGGACGCUCUUCUAGGCUGCACUGUGCAUAGGAGCUGGGGAAGCCCGUGGAGAGACAGGGCCCAUGGAGGGAUGCCCAGAGACGGAGGCGGCCAACAGCUCCAUGGCCAACUUGGACUUCCACCCCAUGAAGCACUACAUGGUCCUGAGCGGGCCCCAGAGGGUAGCUGUCGCAGUGCUGUGCACGCUGCUGGGCCUGCUCAGCACCCUGGCGAACGCGGCCGCGCUCUAUCUGAUCCUAUCCUCCCACCGGCUCCGCCAGAAGCCCUCAUACCUGUUCAUCGGCAGCUUGGCUGGAGCCGACCUCCUCGCCAGUGCGAUCUUUGUCUGUAGCUUUGUCAAUUUCCACGUCUUCAGUGGUGUGGACUCCCAGGUUGUCUUCCUGCUGCAGAUCUGCAGCGUGACCAUGACCUUCACAGCCUCUGUGGGCAGCCUGCUGCUGACUGCCGUGGACCGCUACCUCUGUCUGCGCCACCCACAAACCUACAGAGAUCUGCUCACCCGUGGGAGGGCACUGGCGGCCCUGGGCGUCCUGUGGGUCCUCUCGGCGCUCGUCUCCUACCCGCCGCUCAUGGGAUGGAGCUGCUGUCCCAGUCUCUGCUCUGAACUUUUCCCAUUGAUCUCCAAUGACUACCUGCUGGGCUGGCUCCUGUUCAUUGCUGUCCUCUUCUCUGGCAUCAUCUACACCUACAGCCACGUCCUCUGGAAGGCCCAUCAGCAUGUAGCCAGCCUGGCUGAGCACCAGGACAAGCAGGUGCCAGGAAUGACCCGGAUGAGGCUGGACGUGAGGUUGGCCAAGACGCUGGGGCUAUUGCUGGCUGUGUUGUUCGUGUGCUGGUUCCCUGCCUUGGCCCUCAUGGUCUACAGCCUGGCUGCCAAGCUGAGUGACAAGGUCAAGAAAGUCUUCGCUUUCUUCUCCAUCCUGUGCCUCAUCAACUCCAUGGUGAACCCUGUCAUUUAUGCCCUGCGAAGCAGGGAAAUCCGCUCCUCUGCCCGGCACCGCCUGGCAGGCUGGAAGAAGUGCCUGAGGGGACUCGGGAUGGAGGGAAAAGAAGAAGCACCCAGGUCUUCCAUGAAGUCCUCCAUCACAGAGACAGAGGCCGACAUGAAAAUCACCACAGGCCUGGCUUCCAGAGAUCUGUUCUACUUAGAUUCCUGAUGAGGCCUCUUUCCCUAUCUUUAAGAAUCCAGGUCAGACAGCACAUCCCUCUCCGCAGAGGGAGAAGGGGACAGAGAAAGGGGCCGGCCCUGCCACCUUUCUUAAACCAGCCCCAGUGGGGGCACUGACACUUUGUGCUGAGGAGUGUGGCCGUGGCUCUGGGAGGACAGUCUAGCCAUGCUGCCUGCACACGGUCGUCAGGAGCACAGGGCCCAAGAAAGGCUCAGUUCACAUCAGUUCAAGAAACCUUCCCACCGCUGGCUUAGGGCUGGCAUCCUUCACAGGCCAUGGAGCACACAGGGAGCCCUCAGGGCUGGCGUGGAGGACUUGCAGGUGCUCCAAGCCCAAGAGUGCUCCUGGGAACUCGAAGUGUCAGGUGGGCUGUCCGGGCAUUGCCCACUCUUUUUUCAUUGUCAGGACCUCCUUAGUUCUGAAGCUAUGAAAGGCCCCGCCUUCAGGCAUCUGUCCCCCUAAGGACCAAGAACUGGGGUGUGAUGCGGAUGAAGGGUGUGACUUCCGUCUUUAGAGAUAAAUGGUGAGCCCUGCAUUCAGGGCAUCCUGCUGUUUGGGUAAGGGCCCUCCCAACCCCCUGAUAAUCCCUGUUCCCAGCACUGCGACCUCUGAGGUCCCUGGGGAACCCGGAGGAGGCUGGGGUCACAGAGAUACAGACUCUUCUGAAUAUUGUAGUGACACUAUGAUGUCCUGCUUGGUGGUGCUCCCGGGAAAAGGAAGCUACUUACAAAGGUCCUCUACACCCCAGAGUGUUCCCUCCCACCACCAUUCACCCUCUUUACAUGCUCCAUAUCCCUAUGAUGCAGGACAAGCCGGAGCAAGCUGGAGGAAGGGACAUUGCCUACCUCCUGGCAGGUGCAGGGCCAGGCUGCCACAGUCCAUUCACCCAGCAGGAACACAGCCUCACUUGUCUGAAGAUCUCGGGGCACCUGGAUUUUACAUAUCAGAGGGGCUGGCUUCCCUGCAGAAGGGUUUAAGAUAGGGGUGAGGGAAACUUGGUGGUGGGAAGGAUUGCAGAGGCAUUCUGACACCAUCACAAUAAAAGGAAAGACACUGA